AUGGCAGGAACAGUGGACAAAAAAGUCUUUGACGAAGAUGUGUACAAAAAUGUUAUGGUGUCGGAUUCGUCCAGAGCCGUAAACUACAUGGAAGAGGUCGAAAGCCCGGACGAAUUAAAAAAUUUGUGUAGAAAUAAUAUACCCUUCUGGAAUGAAGUUAAAAAUGAGGAGAUCGAACUAAGAUCGAUUACAAUUUCGCUGACGAACAAGGUGUACAUGGUACAGCUUAAGAAUCCCGAUAGCGGCUCCAGAAGACUUAACAAGGUUCUUCUGAGGAUAAUUUCUGACGAAAAAAGUGUUUUAUACGACAUAGAUCACCAAAAUCAGGUGUGCAAACUGCUUGGAGAUUUCGGAUUCUGUCCUAAAAUGGUAGAAAACUUCCCAGGUGGCCGGAUUGAGGAGUGGAUUGAGGGGUUUGUGCUUCACUCGAGUUCAUUAUUUAAUUUGUCAGUUUUGACGAGUGUGGCCACGCUGUUGGCCAAGUUCCAUAAGACGAUAACAACUGUUGCGCCCAAGGAGUGGGACCGUAGUCCGUCGCUGUUGAGUAAGAUGGAGGAGUGGUUGCCGGAGUGCAGGAGAAUAAACGAGAGUCUCAAGUUGGAGUUGGACAUGGACAAGAUGGAGUCUUAUUUCCACGACUACAAGAGUUAUUUGGAGGAUUAUUUGAGUAAGUUGGACAUGCCCGAGUACAACGACUUUCCUGGAACCAACGGAGACGAGAGUGAGAGGAGCAAGUUGACUGAUGAGGAGCUGAAGAGGCAGGGAAGCAACUACGCCAACAGAGUGCUCUUCUGCCACAACGACCUGCACCUCAAAAACCUAAUAGCAACCUACGACGGACUAACACUAAUCGACUUCGAAUACAGCUCAUUCAACUACGUAGGAGCAGAUAUAGGCUUCUUUUUCGUGGAAAGCAACUUCGACUACGAUUGCCAGGAGUAUCCCUUCUUCAAGAUGGACAGGUCGUUCGAGUUGUCCUACGACCUGAAGGUUAUGUUCGCGAGCGUGUACCUCUCGGAGUCUCUCCGUUCCAACGUCUUGCCCGACAGAACUGACAUUAUCGACCCCUUUCUGAACUCGAUUGAACUGUUUUCAAUGGGAACACUGUUGUUCUGGGCCUACUGGGGAAUCAUUAUGUUGUCGUUGAAUGAUAUAAAUUCAAAAUUCGACUACAAACAAUAUAGUCAGCUUAAGUUUGAACUUUUUGCUGAAAAGUUUGCAGAAUUUAAAAGCGCAAUGUAA